UUCGUUUUAUUUUUUGGUUCCUCCCUCGUGUUCCUCACUGUGGCGGUGGCGAGAGAGUGGGAGAGAAAGAGCGAGAAGGGGGCGGGGGUUGCGGGUUAGGGUUUUGCUGGUUAUGGUGGGAUUGUGAGAUAUGGCCGGGGAGAAGCCAUCGGUGGAGCUCUGCAAGGGCGUCAAUGGCCUCGACAAGGUCGUGCUGAGGGAUGCGCUGGGCAGCUCAGCCGAGGUGUACUUGUUUGGAGGUCAUGUAACAUCCUGGAGAACUGAUCACAGGGACGAGUUGCUUUUUGUCAGCAAUAAGGCUAUUUUCAAGCCCCCAAAAGCAAUACGUGGGGGCAUCCCAAUAUGUUUUCCCCAAUUUUCAAGCCAUGGAAAUCUUGAACAACACGGAUUUGCCAGGAAUAAGUUUUGGAGUAUUGACACUGAUCCACCACCUUUUCCAUCAGACAGUUCAAACAAGACUUUUGUUGAUCUGAUUCUGAAGCCAACUGAUGAUGACUUCAAGAUAUGGCCUCACAGUUAUGAAUUCCGUCUAAGAGUUGCAUUGGGCCUUGGAGGAGAUCUCAUGUUGACAUCACGCAUAAGAAAUACCAAUGCUGAUGGAAAACCGUUUUCAUUUACAUUUGCAUACCACACUUAUUUUUCAGUUUCUGAUAUCAGUGAAGUGCGGGUAGAAGGUCUGGAGACAUUGGACUACCUUGACAACUUGAAGGAAAGAGAACGUUUCACAGAACAAGGAGAUGCAAUUACAUUUGAAUCAGGAGUGGAUAAAAUAUAUUUGAGCACACCAACCAAGAUCGCUAUUAUAGAUCAUGAAAAGAAAAGGACUUUUGUUUUGCGCAAAGAUGGACUUCCAGAUGCCGUGGUAUGGAAUCCUUGGGACAGGAAGGCCAAAGCAAUGCCAGAUUUUGGGGACGAUGAGUACAAGCAUAUGCUUUGCGUGGAGGCUGCAGCCAUCGAGAAGCCCAUCACUCUGAAACCUGGUGAAGAAUGGAAAGGAAGGUUAGAGCUGUCUGCUGUUCCCUCCAGCUACUGCAGUGGGCAACUGGAUCCUCGAAAGGUUCUUCAAGGAUGAUGUCUAUCAGAUGUGUCUUGUACAGGCACUAAUUUGUUGCAUAAGGGUGCUUGAAAUUGGCUUUGGGAUGGACGUUCUCCUCCUCCAUUUUCCUUUAUGAUCCGUGUACCUAGAAGUUUCAUUGGAAUAAUAGUGCCCUGUACAUCAAUUUGGCUCCCCUCUAUUAAGCAGGAGUUCCAACCUGAAUCAUUGGGGUACUACACUAUUUGGUGCUUCAUACUUGACUUUUUUUUUUUCUUUUGUGUAUUUAUACCAUGUCAUAAAGCAGCAGUUCAUGGAGGAUGAGGAGGCAUGUGGAUGCCUGUCGCUCGUCUUAGAUAGUAGUAUUCUUCCUAA